AUGUCCUUCGUCAUCCACGAGUUGUUCUACUUCGGCCGCUCUCUUCCGUGGAUCUUCAUCGAUAGCUUGGGUUUCUUCAAGAGGUACAAGAUUCAAAGCAGCAAAGUACCUUCAUUACGCGAGCAAUGGGAUUGCGCCAAGUUUGUGCUUCUAAGCCACUUCACCGUCGAACUUCCUCAAAUAUGGCUUUUCCACCCAAUGGCCCAGUUCUGCGGUCUAUCAACAUCGAUUCCUUUUCCGUCUCCCUGGACUAUGACAUAUCAGAUUGCAACAUUCUUCGUGAUGGAGGACACUUGGCACUAUUUUCUCCACCGAGCUCUUCAUUGGGGUCCGCUCUACAAGGCUAUUCACAAAAUUCACCAUCAGUACUCUGCACCCUUUGGUUUGGCCGCCGAAUAUGCUUCUCCUAUUGAAGUGAUGAUUCUCGGCUUCGGGACCGUCAGCUGCCCGAUCCUCUGGUGUGCUUUCACCGGUAACCUGCAUAUUCUCACUAUGUAUAUCUGGAUUGUGUUGCGCUUGUUCCAGGCUAUCGAUGCCCACAGUGGCUACGAAUUUCCUUGUAGUCUUCACCAUUUCUUACCUUUCUGGGCUGGUGCCGAUCAUCACGACCUUCACCAUGAGAAAUUCAUUGGGAACUACUCAAGCAGCUUCCGCUGGUGGGACUACCUCCUUGGCACCGAAUACACUCCGAAUGCCCUGAAGCGCCGAAGAGGGAAAAAGGUGAAGGCAAAGAAGACACAAUGA